UCAGACCCUUCGUGGAAGGAUCUGGAUCUCGUUCAUGUGUUUGUCACUCGAAAAAAACGGGCGUGAGUUACUAGUCAAGAUGCUCUCCUCCGAAAAGAGCCCCUCUCGUGGUGGCUGGAAUGCUGCCAUUUUCAUCAUCUUUGUGGAGGUUGCAGAGAGAUUUGCUUACUAUGGCCUGAUUGGUAACCUCAUCAUGUACCUCACCAAUGAGCUCCACCAGCCCACCGCGACGGCGGCCAAGAACGUCAACAUGUGGAUCGGCCUCUCCUCCCUCUUCCCCAUCCUCGGCGCCAUCGUCGCCGAUUCCUACCUCGGCCGCUUCAAGACAAUCAUCUAUUCAACCUGCAUUUAUUUCCUGGGUAUGGUCAUGCUGUGCUUAUCUGCUUCGGUGGUUCCUCGGCAUCAUCGCGAAUACGCCUACUUCGUGGCGCUGUACGUUCUGGCGGUGGGAGAAGGCGGCCACAAGCCUUGCGUGCAGACCUUCGCCGCCGACCAGUUUGAUGAGGAGACUGAUGAGGACAAGCAGGCCAAGAGCUCUUUCUUCAACUGGUGGUUUUUGGCUAUAGUUGUCGCUGGUACCGUUGCUACACUUGUUAUCAUCUAUAUCCAGGAUAAUGUGAGCUGGGUGCUAAGCUAUGGUGUCUUGGCAGCGGUAAUAGCGGCAGGCCUCGUAUUAUUUCUACUAGGAAUCCCAAGGUAUAGGAACGAAGAUAAUGUGCGGGGGAGCCCCUUCACGACGGUGGCACAAGUGUUUGUGGCGGCAGCUCGGAAGUGGCACCUGAAGGCGGGUCGUCAGAACAAUAAUGGUGUCUACUACGGUGAUAAUGAGGGUGGUAGCAGUGGGGUUAAAUCCGAGCACAAGACACUGGUUCGUACUAAGCAAUUCAGAUUCCUGGACAAGUCAAUGAUAAUGGACGAACAUGAUGCUUCAAGCAAUAUGAGGAACCCAUGGAGGUUGUGCUCUCAAAAUCAAGUGGAAGAAGUGAAGCUAGUUGUCCGUCUGAUUCCCAUAUGGUUGAGCUGCCUAAUGUUUCACGCUGUUCAAGCUCAAAUCCACACCUACUUCAUCAAACAAGGUUCCACGAUGAUCAGAACCAUCGGCCCCAACUUCCGGUUCCCCCCUGCAUCACUUCAAUCCCUAGUGGGCAUCGUGAUCGUAACUACCAUUCCGAUCUACGACCGGAUUCUUGUCCCGACAGUACGAAAGUUCACAGGACAUCCUGCUGGAAUAACGGUACUCCAACGAAUUGGUGUUGGCCUAUUCUUGUCCAUAAUCAACAUGGUUGUGGCAGCUGUAGUGGAAGCUAAAAGGGUUGGUGUUGCAAGAAAACAUAACCUCAUGGAUAGCCCUAAAGCAAUAGUACCAAUCGAUGUUUGGUGGUUACUCCCUCAAUACUUUAUCACUGGUUUGUCGGAUGGAUUCACCGUCAUAGGACUCCAACAGUUGUUCUAUGAACAAAUGCCAGAAGAGAUGAGAAGCUUGGGAGCUGCAGCAUACAUAAGUAUUCUUGGAGUUGGAAGCUUUCUUAGCAGUUUCAUCAUAUCUUUGGUGGAAAAUAUUAGUAGAAACUCUGGUGACCCGUGGCUAGGUAACAAUCUCAAUCGCGCACACCUUGACGACUUCUACUGGGUGCUUGCGGGACUAAGUGCUCUAUUCUUUGGUGUUUAUCUGUGGAUUGCAAAGCGAUUUGUUUACAAGCAAGUUGUAGGGGAAGCAUCAAGCGCCAGGGAGGUCUGAUCGAAGGCAGUACGUGAAGCUUUAAUAUCAGAUCAUGGCAUGGUCAUCAGUAAACUUAGUAUAAUACAAAACCAGUGCACACUAUUAUCAAUGGUGGUGUGUGGUGAUGACUAGUACUAGUACUCGUACUCUCGCAGUAAUAAUAGUGAGACUUCCUCGAUCAUAAAUAGAUUAAGUACUGCACUCUCUUGUCUGCUCCGUAACAAUUUUAAU